AUGCCUCCACCUCCUCUUGCUUCCUCCGAGCUCUGUGGCAAGAGCCAAAUGCAUCCAUCCUUAAGAUCUCCUCUUCCAUCUAUCCUUCUCCUCCUCGCCCUGUCAUCGACUCCACCUCCUUCCUCGGAGAGCAUCUAUCCGUAUGCGGAUUGUGCUCCCUACACAUACUCUUGCGGAGGCACUAAGAUCAACAUCAGCUACCCGUUUCGCGUCGACGGCCGUGCCGACUACUGUGGCUACCCGAGAUACUAUGUCGCUUGCAGCAAGAACAAUACUUCCAUGACGAUCGAGAUCGACGGCAAGGGAUACGUCGUCAAGGAUAUAGAUUACUUGAACCGCCUCAUUACCGUCGUCGACCCACCCUUCGUCAACCAGUCGUGCCCUCAGCCGUACCAAAACACCAGCCUCGACAUCUCGCUGUACAGCUACAGCGACCGGGACGUGAACGUCACGGUGUUCGUCAACUGCACCGCCCUCUCACCUCUGAUUCCCGACGUGCAUGACAUGGGUUGCGCGCCGGGCGGCGCCAGGGGUCGUCACGGGUAUUACCAGCUUACCGGUGAGAACCACAUAGAGAUGUUUGAAAACUGCAGCUCGAUGGUAGUGGUGCCCAUACACCAAGCAUCGGCGGUCGAUAUCGGGUCCGGGAAGCGGAGCUUUAGCGACGCAGUGAAGGGGGGGUUCUCGCUACGUUGGGAGGCAGGGGAGGGGUGGUGUCGUGACUGCGUCGAGUCAGGUGGGCGCUGCGGCUUCGACGUGCUCUCUCAGGAGAGCCACACCUGCUUCUGCCCAUAUGGUUCAACCCUCGGAACAUGUUCAGGCUUUGACUUUCCUGAGCACAAACUUUGA